CAUCUAGUUUCUCUUCGGGCAGAGGACCUUUCCCAUAACCCCCUCACUGGCACUGCCGGAGGAGGUGACAGCUGAUGGCUGCGCCCACGGUGGCACAUGCUGGAGAUAUGUUGCAGGGACCAAGGCAGUGUAUCAUUUUCUACCAGGAGCGGGGGCUAAACUCACUGAGCGUAGUGGCACUAAAGCUCGAACAGUUUACAGAGGCUUCAGUGAAGCGUUGCAAAGAAAAGCAUUUAGAUGAGGCAGCCCAAGCAUUGGAUGCUGUGGAGCAGACUCUGGGAAGCCUUACUGAUGAUGAACUCCUUCCGCUACUCCGCUGUAUCCUAACCUGUCAGAUAGAUUCUUGUAGUAGUUCCAGUUUCUUCUUGAGGCUUGAGAAGGUAUUAUCAAAGAUCUCACAGGUUAGACCAUGUCUGGUGUCGAAACACAGAGAAUCAUUUCUGACGUCGCUCUUGCAGAGUGAAGAGGUGUUAAAGCUUAGAGACAUGCAGACAGUUUGUAUGUAUGUGGAAGGAAGUCCUGCUGGGCAGACAUAUUUUAAAAAUCACCUUCAUGCCUUGCUUUCAAAAAUGUCUCUGACUCUGUGUUCAGUGCUGCAGAACCAAAUGAGUCCAAGCUCUGAAUACUGCCACAUCGCUGUCAAGUUGUGCCUUUUGCUAUUUAGAGAGCUGGCCGAGAAGAUUAGCUCAUUGGUGUGGGAUUCUGCUUGCACUCCAAACCCCUUGGAAACUAUUCUAGGAUCACUCCUGCAUAUAAUUGGAGACCAGAACGUAAGUCGAGAUGUCAGGUUGUUAGCGGGAACAGCUGUGGCAUCCCUGGUAAACACAGGACCGAUAGAAGAGUCUGCAACUCAAGCAGCCGUGAGCCUUGUACAACAGUUUAACAAUGCCACUGGUAAGCUACGAUUUGGAGAGCUUCAUGUGUCUGUCCCUGACCGCCUGGUAGAUGAAGUGGGACUAAUUGCAGUAUUACGAGGGCUGCUAACCUGUGGCCGCGGAGACCUCCUAACCAGUGAAUUACAUUCUUCCAGCCAGACUGUGACCUUGUUGGACAUUCUCCUUCCUAUUGUAGCCUCUGUAUGUGAGAAGCAGACUGAACCUUAUUACAGUUUUCAAGUGUUUUGCCUCUGGUUGCAGCGGGUCCGUGAGCAACUGACUGGGGUGCUCAAAGUCCGGGGUGCAUUUCUCUUGACAGACAGCAAGGAGAUCGCCUCUCUUGUGACCAAACUUCUGUGGAUUGGUGCUGAAAUGCCAGUGGAUGGUAUGUCAGCAGUGAUGCUUAGCUGCUUUCAGCACUACUUGCACAUUCUUCGUAUGGAGUGUCAGCUGUCGGCAUUUUCGGAGGAGACCAUACUCCAAGACAUGCUGAAAAAAAUCACAGAUAUCUCCUGGCAGGCCCGGUCAAGAUACACUCCACUCUGUGCUCUGCUGCCACACCUGGGGCCUAAGAAGGUUCUUGCUCUCUACCCCCUGCUCCCAGCUCACCUGUUUAGCUGUCUGGCAACAAACUUUCUCUGCCCCCGAGCUGCUGAAAUUUACCGAACCCUUCUUACUCUGCAGAAACAGGAAUGGCUUCAUAAGGGACAACUGGAUGAGAAGGAGCUGGGUAAACUAUGGGCAGAGAUUUGGCUCUUCCCCCUUUCUGAUGCCUUGAGUUCCACAGACUGUAACCUGCAAAAUAAUGCUGCCACUCAUCUUCUGCCUUGCACCCUGCGCAUUUUUGCUGAAUCAUCUAAUUUGCUGGCAAACCGGCUGCAUGGUUUCAGUCCUCCACAGCUGCGUGCUUGGAUCAGCCUUGCACGUGCAAAGAAAGAGAUCUUCGGUCGAGUGGCUGGUGUAGGAGAGAGGCUGCAGCUGUGCUUGGAAUCUGCUGAUGAUGGAGUCCGCCUGAGUGCACUGAGUUUCCUGUGCUGUGGCCCCAGAAGCAACCAGCCCCCUUCUCCAGAUGAGCUGCAGCUCCUUAAGAAAUAUCUGCCUUACAAUAUGGGCUGUGACAGUCCAGGCUUCCGGCAACAACUGCAGGCAGUGCUCCGCAGGGCUCUGGAGAGGCUAAGAGAUGGAGCAAUGUCAACCCUGCGCAGGGGACAAAGCAAGAAGGAAGAUGUGUCCCAGGCAAUUGACUUCACGGAAUGGCUGUUUCAGUUAACCAUCUCAUCAUUGCCCCCUACUGGAAAUUACCAGCGACGAUGCAGUGCUCUAAUUACCCUCUGUUCUCUACUGGAAUGCUGUACUGACUGUUGGAGCCCACAGAAAAAGAAAGGACAGCCCCCACAGGACAUGUGUCUCCUGCUGAACCUUGUUAAACAGAAAGGAUGCUGGGAUUUUCUAUGCGCUCACACGAUGCAGGUUCUAUUGGGAUGUAUACAGGAUAGCACUAAUGAGAUCCGAGAGAUGGCUUCUGAUUUGUUGGCUCGCUUUUUCCUGCCUGCUCCACAGUCAGUGACCAGCAUGCUGUUCGAGCUAGGACAGAAGUCUCUCUGCAAUCCUCGCGUACCGCUGGCAGAAGCUGGCGCUGUCCUAAUGAAGACUUUGCUGCUAAGGCCGGAUGAAUCCAUUCUAUUGGCAGGAGAUGUACCUUUGUCUGCACUGGGCCUUCUAACGUAUCUUACUAGGAUGCUUCAGGAUCACUACUACUGUGCACAGGAGAACCUUCUAGUGGCAGCAAGCACAAAACCCAUGCAUGGUGUGCUUUCUGCUCUGCGGUUAUGUCUGCUGGAUGUCUCCUCUGUCUCACAAUCCCUGUCACAGGCUGACCUUGCCCCUAGUUGGCACUGUCUCCUACAGAAACUGGUGCGCUUGUUGCAGGAGAUAGCAUCCUUCAUUUUGAGCAUGUUGCACAAAGCAUGGCUGGAGGAACCUUCAGAUGUAGCUGCUCCAUCCUUUGAAGACAUGGGCAAAGCUGUUAGUGUGCUGAUUGCACAGGGGAGAGGUUUGCUGGAUGUACAGGAAGAUAUUCUGCUCUCAGAGGAACACAGCCUCAUCAUGACUUGUUGCUGGGUCUCCUUAAAGGAAAUUGGAAUGUUUCUUGGGCCUCUAGUAGAGAAGCUGGUAGCUGGCUCUACACCUCUGCUUCCUGACUCAGUAGUAGAAGGGUCUGUGGCAACGUAUCAUGAUAUAUUCCUGAGAUGUCGUCACUGGGGGGCAGUCGAUGGCUGCAUUACAGGAUUUACCAGGCUCUGUGCUGCAUUGCUCCAACAUAAAGACCCAAAGUUGAGAGAUCUUCCGAGGGAAAUGAUGGAGCAGGCUCUGGUACGUGUACGGUCACAAAGCUCUCUCUCUGUAACUCGCAGAGCUGCAGGCUUUCCUGUACUCCUGCAGUGCAUCUUAUCUGCGGAGGGACCACAGCAUCCUCUUCUUGAAGCCUAUGUGCCAUCUUUACUAACAUUAGCUAAAGAGCUGCUCCCCCCUAACUGGGACCAGACACGAGACCUGCCACAGGUAUCUGCAGUUCAUGCUCUACAAACUAUGCUACGAUCAGCGAGCCUUCGCCCCACACUCCUUAGUCAUGCAGUAUCUUUGGUGUCACUUUCACUCAGCAAUCUGCGCUCUCCCUGCUGGGCCAUGCGCAAUGCAGCUUUGCAGCUUUUCACUGCUCUUUCUGUUGGUAUGUUGGAACUUUCUCGCAGCGACGUCGAUAGUUCGGUGCAGAGCACACUGCACAUUGGAACUCUGCUGCGGAGAUAUCCAGGCCUGCGGGACUUACUCCUGGAGGAACUGCACAGGCCUAGACAAGAGAAAGAGUUGCUGCAUCCCAGUCUGCAUCCUGUUCUCACACUGCUUGCUAAACUGCAGCCUGGGGGAGACAGUGAGGCCAGAUGUUUAAUGGAGCCUCUGUUGGACCUGAGAGAAAACCCGAUCUAUGCAGUGCGUGCCAUGGCUGCUCGUGCCCUUGUGCCCAUUGUCCAGGUGAUGGAUUAUCACAUGCUACUUCUUAAGAUGGCAAAGGGCCUUCCCCAUGCAAAUGAAGCAGUGUCCCACAAUGGACUACAUGGCCGACUACUGCAGAUUUAUGCUCUACUGUCACUAACUGCGAAGGAAAACUGUAUUCCAGAAGGUGUCAUCCAGGAGCUGACACAGGUGCUGCUACCAUUACUCUGGCUGCUGUCACCAGUGCAGAGGUGCCCACUAGUGCGAAAUGUCUUCCUUGAUGUUCUCGCUGUGUUGUUGCCACGUUGCGGAGAGGACUUUGCCAGACAAGUUCAGGAGGCCGUCUGCAAGGAGCUGAGUAAAAAGGAGCCACUUACACAGGUGGGAGCUGACGUUUUCUAUGAUGCAUGUGUCCGCUAUGUCUGCAAUGAAGCCACCAGGUCCUCUGGCCAGUCUAGUUACAGUUAUUUAUGCCAGCUAAUGGAGACGGCAGAUACAGCUGUACUGAGAUGGCUGAGAGAGCGGCAGAUGGGCGAUGUUCCUGCUGCACUGGGUCAUUUAAUGAGGAAUGUAUUACAGGACAAGUUACGCAAAGUGUUAACUGAUGGGCCAUCUGAGACUCUUCAGCUGUAUUUAGAGUCCUACGUUCACCUGCACAAAGUGUGUCCCACAGUUCUCUAUCCUCCAAACACCAAGGCCACCGAGUGCGUACACAUUCUUCUCAAUCUUCUGGAAUCAACCAAAGGAGGUCCACAACUCCGCGGCCAUGCGCUCUGCACACUCGGCUUGCUACUGGCUCAUGGUAAACUUUUGGACAAUCUCUCGCUUGGUUCCCGUUGGCUCUCUGCUCUGUUUGUUUGUGCAGACCCAACGAUGUCCUGUGAGAACUUAAGAUUGGCUGCAGCAGAUGCUCUGCAAUUGGCUGGAGCUGACCUGGUGAAACUAGCACUCAGAUGUGGUACUUCAGGCCUCACAGAGCUGGCAGUGAGGACUGUAUGGUGUGGAGUGGAUCUGCUGCAAGAUGAGGACCGAGGUGUGCGAGAUCUUGCCACCAGUUUUGCUGUAUCUGUUUUGAAUCAUCCAGCUGAGAAGACCUUACACAGUGACUGGGCCAUUCUGGGUCUCCUAGGACUUUUGAGAGACCGUUUCUGGAGCUGUGAGGAGACCUUUCACUCCCUUACACUUCGUCUUCCCCCAUACAAUCUGCACAGUGCACUUUCCACUCUUCAUGACAGAUCGGUUACACUGUAUGAGGAGGAUGAACCCAAUACAUUUGCAGACCCCAACUUUCUUUCCUCCUUAUUAUGUCUACUGCUCUAUGACUUACUGGGUUUCAUGUCUCGUAAAGCUUCCUUGUGCUCGGUUGUACAGCAAUGGCUUCUAACUGCAAUGAUUCCUGUGACAGAUCAGAUAAAGAGAUGCCUCAGCUGGGCAAAAGUGCAUGGCCCUGCAUCUGUCCAGUGGCUUACAGCCUCCGGCUGCCCACGUGUACAUGCUGCUAUGUUGGGCUUACUGAUACGUGCUGAGCUGUUCCUCAGGGCUCAGGAGAUAUUAGCACAUAGUGGCAUCACAUUUACACACUUAGAAUGGUCUCCAGAUUCUUUGUGCGAGGAGCUCGCUCAGCUGAAGGAAGAACUUACACUUCAUGGACUGGGAUAUUUCAGCAUGGAAACCAAAGUGGAACUUCUCUGGAGAUAUUUGCCUGCUGUGUAGACUCUGUGUGAUGUCUAAAUAUUAUAUUGUUUCUAUUUUUUUAUAUACUGAAAAUAAAAGUAGGAAUAAGCUAAUAGAACUGCGUCACAUUGAAAGGCCAGCUCUGCCAGCAGCUAACUUACCCAUCUACAGGUGUUGUUCCUGCCAUGUUGUAUAGUGGGCUUGCAUUUACUGUUCAAUUGAUUAUUCUGUACAGUGCCGCAGAACAUGGUAGUGCUAUAUAAACCUUAAUAAUUAUCCUAAAUUACUGUGCAGCUUUUUAAGGAUGUCUCUGAUACAGGCGUAAUUCAGAUGUGGUUGUGGUUACUAUCGCCGCUUCUUCCUUGGAAGCAGCAGUGAUAGCGCUGUAUGGUACUGUAUAUCAGCAGGAGACGUCUAUUACAAACAGAUGCUUCCUGCUGCAGUAGUGAUCCGACCUGCGUCCUAGCAUCGGAUCUCUCUCUCACCAUCGGGCGGCCUCCAGCACCCAUGAUGCUGCAAAGUUUCCCCUCGCAGAGGGCAGGAAAUCUCCUUCUUACAACAGAGAGUCAUGGCGGCAGGCUGAUUCCCCCUUUUUACACAUUGCGGCAGGCAGAUUCCCCAUUUACACAUUGCGGCAGGCUGAUUCCCCCUUUUUACACAUUGCGGCAGGCAGAUUCCCCAUUUCUCUGACGUCCUAAGUGGAUGCUGGGGA